AUGACAACUGAAAUAUCUUCCCACAACCUCCGCAAGAGGACACCAGCGGACAUGGCGGUUCUUGACGACUCGGUUCGUCGUGGCAGCGGCUCACAAGAGGCUCCUGCUGGGGAUCUCGAGCAUGGGUCAACAGUGCCCUCAAUAGCCCAUCGCAUUGCCAAGCUAGUGGGCCAUGAGAUUGGGCCUUCAUUGCUGACGGUUGGUGUGAUGUUGAGCUUAAUCUUUGGAGGAUGCUGUUCUAAUGUUUACGCUCUUGAAGCUAUCGUCAACUUCGAGCCCUCAAGUGGAACUCUUUUGACAUUUGUCCAAUUCCUCUUUGUCGCUGUGACAGGAUUCGUUGCUCAAUUUGACAAGAACAGUCGCUUUUUCCUCACGCCUAACAAAGUCCCCAUAAGCCGCUGGAUUUUCAACAUUAUUCUCUUCUUUACUAUCAAUAUCCUCAACAACCAUGCGUUCAGUUACGAUAUCUCUGUACCAGUCCACAUUAUUCUCAGAUCUGGUGGAAGUAUUACGACUAUGGUUGCGGGCUAUCUCUCUGGCAAGAGGUAUUCCCAAACUCAGGUCAUUGCUGUUUUCCUCUUGACCCUAGGUGUCAUUCUCGCUGCCUGGUCAGAUGCUCAAGCUAAGGGCACAAGUGAAGAUAGUGGCCGGCCCGCAUUUGGCACUGGACUCUUGAUCCUCUUUGUGGCUCAAGUUCUCUCUGCCAUCAUGGGACUUUACACCGAGGCAACCUACGCCAAGUAUGGUCCCCAAUGGAAGGAGAACCUUUUCUACUCACAUGCAUUGUCCCUACCCCUCUUCAUCCCAUUUGCCCCCUCCAUGGUUCGUACUUUUUCACAUCUCAUGACAAGUACACCUAUGCAGUUGCCGGGGGUUCUAGGGUUUACGAGCACCAAGAUCCUAGUUCCUAGUCAGAUUGUCUUCCUCGUCACGAAUGUUUUGACCCAAUAUGCUUGCAUCCGUGGUGUCAACCUUUUGGCCGCCGCGUCGACGGCUCUCACCGUUACAAUUGUCCUCAACAUCCGAAAACUUGUCAGCCUGCUCCUGAGCAUCUGGCUGUUUGGCAAUCAGCUGGCUCCCGGCACACUGCUCGGCGCUAUCGUCGUCUUCGGCGCUGGCGGGCUGUACUCAGUGGGUUCGCGAAAGAAGGCACCUGCAGAGAAGGAAGCUCCUGCUAGGGAUGAGAAAGCGAGUUGA